CGAGCAACAGCGGGCUCGUUUGAAAUCAGGAAGCGGACAGCUCGAAAGCGUCUUGGAUGCUAUUGACAGCCGUCGUGUGUGGCUCCGCAGGGUCGAAAUAGACAUUAUAAAAACAUGUCUAGUUUUAAACGCGAUGUCUUUGGAACACGCUGUUGAGUCGAGGCGGAACAUUUAGCAGCUACAGACACUUGAAGUGAAAGAGUGCCUGUUUCCUGCUGGCUAAUGCUAGCAGGCAGAGUUAGCUCCGGUGCCUCAGUUGCACCAGUAUUGUGAAAAGUGCUAUUAUUGAAGGUGACACUACAGUUCUGGAGCCACAAUGUCCUCCGCAGACGCCCCUCGUAUGUUGGCCCUGGAGGAGCAAGUAAAGAGCUUAUCGGAGGAAUUGGUGCAAUGCCAGGCUGAUAAAGACUUUGUUUGGUCCCUGUGGAAACGACUCCAAGUAGAACAUCCAGACCUGACCCAGGCUGUGAGUCUGGUAGUUGAGCGUGAGAAGCACAAAGGCGAGAUGAAGGACAGGAAGGUGCUGGAGAUCCUCCAGGCCAAAGACUACAAGAUACAGGAUCUAGAACAGAAAGUGUCAGAGAAGCAGCAAGAGGUAAACAAGCUGCUCCAAAGACGCCCAGUGAUGGACGAGGAGGCAUCUUUAAUGAAGAGCGAGCUGGAAGCCGUGUGUCAACAGCUGCUCGACAAGAGCACACAACUCCAGGAAUUGAAGACGGAGUGUGGGAGGAAAGGGGAGGAGGCGCAGCAGGCAGUGCGUGCUCUCGAGGAGGAGAAAGGGGGAUUAACGUCCCGCUGUGUCGCCCUGCAAGCUGACCUGGAGGAGAAGGAGAGGUUGGCCAAGCACCACCAUGGCCAGAGGGAGGCUGCUCAGGCCAGAGUCAAGGAUCUUGAGGAAGAACUACGCAGCGCCUGGCAGGAGGUAUCCAGGAUGCAGAGCCUUAACAGCACCCUGGCAGCUUGCGUCUCUAUCAAAGAACAGGAGGUGGCAACAAAAGAGGAUCAGCUUCAUAAACUUGGGUGUGAGUUUGAAGAAGUGCAGACGUUGUACAAACGAAGCACGGAGCACGCGGAGGCACAGAGUCAUCUAAUCAAGCAACUAGAGGGACUCAAUGUGGACACACAGAGAGUGAUGAGGAACCAGGAAGAGGCGCACACUGCUGACACCACCUCCUGUCAGAAGCUGUAUAGCGAGUUGAGUCAGUGCUACCAGACCCUCAUGUCAAGUGAGACCAAGCUGCAGCAGAGCCACCAGGAGCUGAGCAGCCAGCUGGCCCAGAAAGAGCAGCAGAUACUGCAACUGCAGGCCCAGCUGCAACAACAACAGCAGGAGGAGCAACAGCAGCAGCAGCAACAAUCUCAGCAGACAGUAAUUUGCAUCUCAAGCAAUAAACAAACCAACUUGAAGGCACCAGUGUCUGAGCGGGCAGUUGCUGAAUCUCGCAGGCUUCAUCGUGAGCAUUCAGAGGACAAGGCCCAUCACUACAUCGCUCCUGUCAGGAGACAGCAGGACUCACCUGUGCAGCGAUCCCGAUCUCUGUCCCCAGCUGGCAGUGUGGGAAGAAGAGGAGCACAACAAAGAAUUCAAGACCUUGAGGACAUGCUCCAAUCGAAGACUGAGGAGAAUGAAGAACUGAGAAGGGCUCACGACAGAAGACGUGAACGCCUUCUUUUGGUGCAGAAAAACUAUAAGGCUGUCAAAAACCAGCUAAAAGCGGUGGAAAAAGCAAAGGACAUGCCACAUGGACGGAUGGCACGUGCCGAGCCAUGGCAGCUGAGACAGGAGAACAGCGAUGCCGUGUGGAACGAACUUGCCUACUUCAAAAACCUUACCCGGAAGCUCACACUUGAAAACAUCCCCUCAGUCCGUCACAUCAUUACCCAACAGCGGGGGUCAGAGGCUGGCUUGGAAGAGGAGCUGGACAUGCUGCGAGUCCAGGGUGCAAUGGAUCGGGCUACGGUGAAGGAGCUCCACCUGUGUCUCACUGAAGAACACCAAGCACUACUUUGCAAAGUGGAAGAAGAGAGCCGGGUCAAAAGCAGUUCUCCGAAAAGGCCCUCUGUUUCUUCAAAGCGAUUGGAACAUUCGUUUAUGAAGAUUGAGCAGCUGGAGCGGAGGAUGAUGUCUCUGGACGUUGAGACGGAGCUGCUGAGGGAAGAGAAACAGCAGCUCCUUGAGGCCAAUGAAGAUCUGGCCCACAGCUGCCGUGGACUCCAGGCCUCUUUGGAUCAUCUGCAAACCCAAGAAGCUGUCCACCUACAGACAGCCCAAGCGCAGGCACGGGCCCUGGCCUCGGCCCAGGAGGCGCGGAAUCGCGGCGAGAUCGCGGCUCUCCGAUCCCGGCUGACCGCCUCUCACAAAGAGUCCACCGAGCUCCAUCAUCGGCUCCUAAAGCUGAGGCAGGAAUUUGGCAUUCUCAGAGCGGCCAAGGACUUCUACAGGAAACGUGCGGCGGCACCAGCGCGGUCAAGUGGGACCGCUGGCAACAUUAGCAGCAAGACUAAGUUGAAAACAAUAAGGCUCAAGGGUUCAUUACGCCAGCGCAGCCACCCGACCGUCAUCCCCAAUCAAGCCAUCAGCUGGCAGGGCCGCACCACCAGUCCCUCGAAGGACGAGUGGGAGGACAUGAGCGUAGCGAGCGACACUGAGGAAUACUCAGACAGCCUCAACAGCACGCCCUUGGGCACAACACCUCAGAGACAACGCAAGAGAAAGUUCGACAGGUGUCAGCCAAAUGGAGACGCACAAGUGCUGGGAGCAGCGGCUUCGAGUGGGAAGCGUCCUGAUUUUGGCGUCCAAGACAACAAACAGCGCGAGCUCAGGACGAGAGGUGAGAAGAGGAAGAAGUGGCUGCUAAUAAAGGCCUGUCACGGCGCCUCCACCUCCUCUUCCUCCCUGCAGCACCGCGUCAAGUCCCUACAGCGGCACGUAGACGUACUGCGACAUGCCAGGAAAGACGCCGUCCUCUCAGCCCGAGAGCUGCGCACCGCCAUCGCGGCACAGCUCAACUCCUUCGCCGAGAAACUGGGCAGUAGCAAGAAGCUCACGCAGAAACUGACGUCAGAGUUGGUGGGUGUGGAGCAGCAGAAGAAGGUUCUGGAGAUGGAGCUUGAGCAGUGGAGGCAGAGCACUUUCCCCCGUCGCGCAACUGAGUGCUCCUGCCAGGCCCUAGAGGCAGAGGUCAAACAACUGCAAGCCAAACUCAAGAGUACAAGUGCGGAGGUCACAAGGCAGGUGGCGGCUAACAAAGCCCUGCGAGGCCAAGUGCAGGAGAAGGAGGACAAGCUCCGCCAGCUUCAGGACAAAUUGAGUCACGCAGAGCGAGACGUGACCAUGAAGAGGCAGCUGGUGGAGGACCUGAAGACGAGGCUCAAGUUUCUGAAGGACAUGGAGAAAAGUGACCGUGGGCAGGCUGAGGAGCUGGAGAAGAAGGUCAAGUGUUUAUCAGAGGAAGCUUCCAACAGAAAGGCCUUCAUUGAAUCUCUAAAGAGGAGAUUGAGCGUUACGACCACGGAGAGAACCCACCAUGAGGCUUCCUGCGCCAAACUUAAGGAUGACCUGGAAAAAAAGGAGCAGCGCAUUCAAGCCCUCCAGGCUCGCGUGGGAGCCAGCGAGCAGGCCUUGGCCACUCUGGAGCAGAGCGCCACUGAGCAAACGGAGCGGCUGACCCAGCAGCGCUCCCAAGCGUUGGACGGGCUUCAGAGGCAGCUCGGCCAGGCCUCGUCCCAGCUGGAGCAGCUUCACUCUUUCAUCAAGGCCGUGGCCAGUGAAAUGCUGUUAGACGUGCAUGAGGUCAAACAGCAGCUGAUGAAGAGGAGGAGGUUAAGGCAGGCCAACGCUAUUGCGGCGAAGGGCGGCCCAUCAGCCAAAUCCAUGAUUAAAGCCAAGUCCAUCGCCGCCUCCAUCCUCAAUAUGUCCGAGAACGAUCUGGCCGACAUCAUGGACUCGGACCAGGGGACAGAGAGCCUUUCAGGUUUUCCCAAAGAUCAGGAGUGGCUGGACCAUCUAAACCACAUCCUCCAGCAGAAGAUCCCCUCUGCCGGCCAGCUAAUGGAGGCUUUGCGUGUGAAGAUGAAGGAGAGGAAAGUGCUGACAGAAGAGCUGGCCACGCUGGCAGCAGCAGCCGCAGUCAGCGAAAAAGCCUGACUCCCCGGGCUGAGGCUUGGAAAACUGUCAUCCUCUUCUUCUUCUCCCCCCACCACCACCAGCCUCCCCCCGAACUUACCUCCCAUCCACCCUCACCUGGCUCCGACUCGGUGGGAACUCGACCGAGCUGAGCCUCAGAGCCACUGCGGGCCGAGCUUUUGUAAUGAGCCCCUCAACAUCUGUGUUAAAGAAGCGCAUUUUAGCCCCAAACUCCUCAAUAAAGACCAGCUGUGAUAAGGCAAUGCUUACGCUAAUUU